UUUUUUUUUAACCAGGUUACAUCUUUCCAAUAAUCCAAAUGCAAUUUCUGUUUUUGGCCCCAUUUUCUCUGUUUCUCCUUUUUUCACUGUCUCUUGGCAGUUUUUUUUUCUUUCUGUGUCUGAGGAAAUGACCACGCGGAAAGCGUACUGUUUUGGCUAUAGUAUUUGAUUUCUUGUGAUCUGAAGAGAUUUAAUGCGUAGAUCUUGUCAAUCCCUUUCUCUGCUUCGUCACGUUCUGAAUUUUGACUCUCUCUCUCUCUCUCCAUUUCUCUUUCUCAACCUCCCACUCCCCCACUCUCCCUCUCUCAGCACUUUAUUUUCAGGCUUUCAGUUAUUGCUUCAGAAUGGUCUCUCUCUCUCUCUCUCUCUCUCUCUCUCACACACACACACACACACACAAACACAAACACAUUUCGGCUUCCUCUGUAAUUGGGUGAGAUGUGUUAGUAGUAAUAAUCAUUUUCCGUCAUAUGCAUCAUGCCCAUUGGUGGAAUUGGAGCUGCUUCUUUCAUCACAGUUGAAAAGGUUGAUAUAUAUCUAGGAUGAGGGAGAUUGACAACAAGAAAAAUCCAAGUAGUCUUCAAACAAAACGUUCCGGAAGAUCCGAGAGAAGAGAUCGCAAAGUGCCGCAACAAAAUGCUGUCAAAACUUUGACUGGAAAAGAAAAAUCUAAAGCUUCAUAUGCUAAACCAGAUUCCAAAACAUUUGUAAGGGAGCCAAACACGGCGACAGACUCCACUGAAGUUUAUGAAAACAUGGAUAUACAUUAUGUCGAUGAUGUGAACAGUUUUGAAGGCGCAUCUCAAGAUUCCAAAUCCAAUGAAAUGAUUGACAAGGAGAAGAUAACUGUAUUAAAUGAGACUCCUAGUGAUUUGGAGAAAGAAUCAGAUACUGUAUCAUCCCAAGGGGAUUCACAAACAGCUGAGGAUGAGAAAGUUGAAAGACUUUCAACCGUUCCUGUAAAGCUUGCGAGAAAAGAUUCCGCUGAAGGCCUUUCCAGAGUGAAAUCUGAUCGGAGAACAGAUAAGCUGCAGAUGACAGCAUCAAAUAACACUCCAAAGAAAGACAUAGAUUCCAAUAAAGGGCCUGGUAAUGGAACUUUGGGAAAAAUGUCGGAUAAAAACUCGGGAAGUAUGGAAGUUGCUCCGAAACCUUCAUCAGAAUCCUCUGAAGGUGUUGAUGAGAAGCCACUUGAUGGAAAGGAAGUGGAUGUUUUGGAUGAGGUCUCAAUUGGUGCCCAGAGUAUCAGAAGUGAUGAUGAAACAGUUAACGAGGAGGAAAAUGGUGCGCAUGAAGAUCAAGCAGCUUUAGACCAAAAGAUUGAAGAAAUGGAAUCAAGAAUUGAAAAACUUGAAGAGGAGCUCAGAGAAGUGGCUGCUCUCGAGAUUUCGCUCUAUUCUGUUGUACCUGAGCAUGGUAAUUCCGCACACAAAUUGCACACGCCGGCUCGACGCCUUUCUAGACUGUAUAUUCAUGCUUGCAAAUAUUGGUCGCUAGACAAGCGAGCCACGGUGGCUAGAAACACAGUUUCAGGACUUGUUUUGGUUGCCAAGUCAUGUAUCAAUGAUGUCCCAAGGUUGACUUUCUGGCUGUCGAACACUGUGGUACUGAGGGAAAUUAUCUCUGAAGCAUUUGGAAGUUCAUGUAGCUCGAGUUCCAUUUCAAAGAUUUUUGAGUUAAAUGGGGGAGGAAAGAAAAGUGAAGGGUUUUCGUCAAUUAAAUGGAAGGGGAAUUUCGGCAGGAGACAGACAAAUAAGCAUGAUUUAAUUCAACUUGUGGAUGAUUGGAAAGAAACACGAACAUUCAUUGCAGCACUAGAGAAAGUCGAGUCCUGGAUUUUCUCUAGAAUAGUCGAGUCAAUAUGGUGGCAGACCUUAACUCCUAAUAUGCAAUCUCCAGUUGAGGAUUCAACUAAGACUAAAACCAUUGGUAGAUUAUUGGGACCUGCCUUGGGUGACCAGAAUCAGGGGAACUUUUCAAUUAACCUUUGGAAAAAUGCUUUCGAAGAUGCUUUCAAGAGACUUUGUCCAGUCCGGGCAGGAGGGAAUGAAUGUGGUUGCUUACCUGUGUUGGCAAGAAUGGUAAUGGAACAGUGUGUUUCCAGACUAGAUGUGGCCAUGUUCAACGCUAUUCUGCGUGAGUCAGCCGAGGAGAUUCCAACUGAUCCAAUAUCAGAUCCUAUAGUCGAUUCCAAGGUUUUGCCAAUUCCAGCUGGGGAUUUGAGCUUUGGAUCUGGUGCACAACUCAAAAAUUCUGUUGGCAAUUGGUCCAGAUGGCUUACUGAAAUAUAUGGCAUGGAUGCUGUUGAUUCUCCACGUGAAGAUCAGCACGCAAAUGAGAAUGAUGCCAUGCAGGGACCCAAACAUUUCCAGCUUCUCAAUCAGCUGAGUGAUCUUUUGAUGCUUCCAAAAGAUUUGCUUAUGGACCGUUCGGUCAAGACAGAGGUUUGCCCAUCCAUUAGUCUUCCACUAGUUAAACGAAUACUCUGCAACUUUACUCCAGAUGAGUUCUGCCCUGAUCCUGUCCCAGGUGCUGUUUUAGAGGAAGUAAAUGCUGAGUGUAUCAUAGAGCGCAGAAUAUCCGGAGAAAGCAGCUUCCCUUAUAAUGCUUCCCCUGUUGUCUAUACCCCUCCCUCCCCUGCUAAUGUGGCGGAGGUACUAGCCGAGGCCGGAGGGAAACCGCAGUUGGCUAGGAAUCUGUCUGCUAUACAGAGGAAGGGAUAUACCAGCGAUGAAGAAUUGGAGGAGUUGGAAUCUCCUCUAACAUCGGUCCUUGAUGAGUCACCAACAUCUCCAUCUGUUUUGUCAAAUGGAAACAGGAAACACAAGGACCAAACUGAUAAAAAUGGUGGAAAUACGAGGUAUGAUCUCCUCCGUGAAGUGUGGUUAUCAUGAAUGAUACUGGAAGUUGUACGUGCAUAAUAGUAACGUUUGUUUUUUGUAUUUGAAGAUAACAAAUUAAAGUAAAUAGGAGUCGAAAUGAAAGGAUGGUUUUCUGGAUAUCCUGAAAUGUUGUCUUAUAGCAGUAAGCUAGCUUUCUUGUACAUUAGGAUUUUGAUUGUGAUGAUGUUACGACUCAAAAAGGAAAUCUUGCGUUCAAUAAAAGUCUUUUCAAUUUGUUUUGGAA